GCCUCCCUUCACCAUGAACAUCGUCAACUCGCUCGACCUUUCCAACAUUACCACCAACCAUGUCGCAGCCGCCGUAUGUGCUGGCAUCGCAGUCUAUGCGAUAGUUGCAGGGAGAAAUAGAGGGAAAAAAUACCCACCCGGCCCUAAAGGACAUCCUCUCAUCGGCAGCUUGUUCGAAAUGCCGAUUCAAAAUGCCCACGUCGUAUACAAGGAAUGGGCCAAGACCUAUGGCGAUAUGAUCUUCUUCAAGGUCCUUGGACAGCCGUUCCUCAUUCUUAGUUCUGAGGAAACGAUCACGGACUUGUUGGACAAGCGAUCGACGAUUUACUCCAGUCGCCCGAGAAUGCCGAUGGUCGUCGAGUUGAUGGGAUGGGACUACACAUUGGGACUCUUGCCAUAUGGCGAACGCUGGCGUUUCCUCCGCCGAGAAUUCCAUCGCUUCAUGAGCCCUACAGCUGUCUCAAAUUAUCGUCAAAUCCAAGAGAAUUCGGUAUACACUUUCCUGAACAACCUCGUUGAAAGUCCGGAGCAAUUCUCUAAGCACCUUCGCUUGUUCUACGGAUCCAUUUCCAUGAAAGUUUCCUAUGGAAUCAACGUCAAGAGUGCUGAAGACCAAUAUCUUCUCGAUGCCGAAGGAGCUAUGUCUGGUUUCAUGGAGGCCGGUAUUCCCGGACGCUUCUGGGUUGAUUUGUUCCCAGCGCUUAAAUACGUCCCAAGUUGGAUGCCUGGUGCCGAGUUCAAGCGUAAGGCUGCACGCUGGGCCCGCCUCAAUGACAUCUCUCUCGAGAGACCAUUCAAGCACGUCCUUGAUCAAUUGAAAAAGGGAGUAGCGUCACAGAGCGUCUCCGCCACCUUGAUCGAGGAACUUCCAGACCAGAAUAGCCCUGAUCGCAAAGAGAAGGAGACCAUUGCCCGCAAUAUCUCGGCGACUACCUUCCUUGCUGGCAUUGACACAAUCCACUCCACCACUCAAGCGUUCUUCUAUGCCAUGGCACAAUUCCCCGAGGUUCAGAAGAAGGCUCAGGCCGAGAUCGAUGCUGUGGUCGGAGACAAGCGCUUGCCGACUUUCGAAGACAGGGACCAGCUCCCAUACGUCAACGCUCUGGUCAAAGAACUUAUCCGCUGGUCUGAAGUCGCACCACUCGGAAUUUACCACUCCACCACCGAAGAUGACGAGUACAAAGGGUACUUCAUCCCAAAGGGCACUAUUGUCAUGACCAACGCCUGGUCCAUCCUCACCGACCCGGUCACCUAUCCCGACCCCUUCGCCUUCAAGCCUGAGAGGUACUUGAAGAACGGCGUCAUGAACCCGGAUGCUCCAAGGCCUGAAGAUUUGGCCUUCGGUCGUGGUCGUCGUAUCUGCCCUGGUCGCUACUUGGCCGAUGAGACGCUAUUCAUGACCAGUGUUGGUGUUUUGGCUGGGUUCAACAUUUCACCUCCUCUUGACAAGUCUGGCAAGCCCAUCAAGCUUAAGAACGAGCGGGUAGGAACCAUUACCCUCACGCCGCCCAAGUUCGAAUGCCGAAUCGAGCCUCGCUCGCCUGCCAUUCGAACUAUGAUUCACGACACUGCAGAAUCCAUUUCAGCUCUUUGAUCUCGAGAUGUCAAACCACGUCGUCACCUUUUUCACUAGUACAACCGAUGUCCUAUUUAGCAAGUUUGGAGUUAACGUUUUUCAAUUUUAAUGCUUUGGUCUGGUC